CAUGCGCAGGACAGAGUCCCGGAUGUUGAUAAACAGUCCACAAGUGUGAGGCUGUCAGACAGGAAAGAAAGAGGACUACAAACAAAGGCUAUAUAAACCAAGAACAGUGUCUCUGAUCAACCUGGAACUUCGUGUUUUUUCUGACAGGUUUGGAGGCGACAGUAAACGCUGCAAUGGGCCGAAUCUUCCUGGAUCACAUCGGAGGGACGCGUCUGUUCUCCUGCGCCAACUGCGACACGAUUCUGACCAACCGGUCCGAGCUGAUAUCCACACGCUUCACCGGAGCCACCGGACGAGCCUUCCUCUUCAACAAGGUGGUGAAUCUGCAGUACAGCGAGGUGCAGGACCGCGUGAUGCUGACCGGCAGACACAUGGUGCGGGACGUGAGCUGUAAGAACUGCAACAGUAAGCUGGGCUGGAUCUACGAGUUCGCCACAGAGGACAGCCAGCGCUACAAGGAGGGCCGCGUGAUCCUGGAGAGAGCGCUGGUGCGGGAGAGCGAGGGCUUCGAGGAGCACGUCCCGUCAGACGCGUCCUGAGCGCCACAGACUCCUCCUCCGUGAUGCCUUACAGACUCGGGCCACGAGCCCGUGACCCCAAACCAACAGCUGAGCAUGUCAGAGCAGCUGUGACGGGUCACACGCGCCAACGAGACCCACGACACGCAUCAGCCUCGAGCCACAAACACAGAGCCGGACCAGGGCUGUUACAGUUAACUUCAAUUAAAUCCAUACAAAUAUUUUUGAUACUUGAAAUAAAUGUUAACUGGAAUAAAAUAUGAAAAAAC